AUGACGUCAGCUACAGGCGCUCAACGAUUUGAUUGGUGGAACACUUCUGAGAUCACAGUUUAACUUCCGUGUCACACAGCUAAAACAUGGCGGAUAAAGAUAAGAAGAAAAAGGAGAGCAUCUUCGACCUGUCAAAAUACAUUGACAAGUCGAUUCGUGUAAAGUUUCAAGGAGGACGAGAAGCUAGCGGGGUCCUGAAGGGUUUUGAUCCUCUGUUGAACCUGGUGCUGGAUGGCACAAUCGAGUACAUGCGCGAUCCAGAUGACCAGCUGAAGCUGACAGAAGACACCAGGCAGCUAGGGCUGGUGGUCUGUAGAGGAACCUCCGUAGUGCUAAUCUGUCCCCAGGACGGCAUGGAGGCUAUACCAAACCCGUUCAUACAGCAACAGGAUGGCUAACACACAGCCUGUCACUCGCUGAGUUACAUUCUCACACACAAAUACAACCAUGCACACACUUGAACAUUUUGUGGAGUUUUUUU